AAGCGAACAAGAUGUGCGAGGGAGGGAGGAAGAGAGAGAGCUAGAAUCCAUGCGAAAGGGAGCAGGCUUUGCAAGAGACGGCAGCGUUGUGAACGAUGCACAUGUUGGCAUGAGAGCGGGAAAGAGCCAGCCAGCAAGGAUUUUUGUCCUGGUCCAUGCGAAUUUCAUUGAGGGAAAAAAAGAAGAAACACCUCUCGACAUUAGAACAAGGCAAGUUGCCGGAAGGAGAGUGUAGAAUGAGCUGAACUUGCCUGAAACUCGCCCCCCCACCGACAAUGGAAUUCAUUACCUUUUGCAGUUAAGCAACGAGAGUUCUUUCUAGUCCACAACUGCUGUUUCUUCUGCCGUGAUUCAUUUACUGAGUUUCAAAAACAAAACAGAACAACUAUCUGACCUGAUCCGACUUGGCUGGAGAUCCUCCGAGAUGACUUCUUCAUACCGGUUCCCGAGUGGAAGAGCGACCAUGUUGCUGCACUGAGUCGCAGGGAGACACGCGAGAGGCCCCAGAGGAGAGCUGAGGUGGUGGCUGGCCCGUUGGUGUGCUCCUCCUCCUCCGACUGGACAGCGAACUGCUCCCCCUUCAGUUCACCUGAUUGUCCCAACCCCGGAAGGCUAAGGCUUACUAUGGCCUGCACUUCCCCUCCUGCUGCAGUCCAUCCUAGUACACGACCUUAGUGGCUUCUUCACCGCAUCUUCCUCUCCAGGAUUUCCCAGCCGCACUCACUGUAAAACGUGGAAAGACGAUCUGAUACCACCCAAAGCUCCUGGGUCCUGCACCCAACCCCCUCCCCAUCUCCCACCCUCUCCCUCUCCCAGGGGAAGAUGUCAGUCAGCCUGACCCCAGACAUCCAGAAGGAGGGAGAGAGUGGGCCACUCAUCGAGCCCUGUGGUCGAGGAAAGACCUCUCCUCAGCCACAGGGCCCCAAGGAAGGCACAGGAGAGGGUCCGGAACCUGACGAUAGCUCCCCGCAGGAUGUUCAGGUUGGGUGGAGUGAUCAGUGUAAACGGGCUCCUAACCACAGUCAUGGCAGGAAAAGGGCCAAGUCUAAUGCUAAGCUGAAGUUGGUGAGGAGUCUGGCUGUAUGUGAGGAGUCUUCUGGUCUCUUCAAUGAUGGCCCCCCAGAAUCGGAUAUUAUCCAGCUUCACAUCAGUUGUCCGUCAGACAAGGAAGAGGAGAAGUCCUCCAAGGAUGAGUAUGAAAAUGAAGAAAAGGAGAAAAAGGACAAGGCUCCGCGGAAGAUGUUGUCACGUGACUCCAGUCAGGAAUACACUGAUUCCACGGGUAUUGACGUGCAUGAGUUUCUGGUCAACACACUGAAAAACAAUCCCAGGGAUCGAAUGAUGCUGCUGAAACUAGAACAAGAUAUCCUGGAGUUCAUUAAUGACGACAAUAACCAAUACAAGAAGUUUCCUCAGAUGACGUCAUAUCACCGCAUGCUGCUGCACCGUGUGGCCGCCUACUUUGGUAUGGAUCACAACGUGGAUCAGACGGGCAAGGCGGUCAUCAUCAACAAGACGGGCAACACGCGCAUUCCCGAGCAAAGGUUCUCGGAACACAUCAAGGAUGAGCGCAACAUGGACUUCCAGAAGAAAUUCAUUCUCAAGAGAGAUGACGCCAGCAUGGACAAGGAUGAUAAUCAGAUCCGUGUACCACUGCAGGACGGUCGGCGUAGCAAAUCCAUCGAGGAGCGAGAGGAAGAAUAUCAGCGGGUACGAGACCGGAUCUUUGCCCGAGAAGUGUCCUUUUUUUUGCAGGCCUCUCAGAAUGGAUACAUCAACGACAACAGACUUUCCACCGAGGGCUACUGCUCUAGCUCUCAAAAGAGGAGGCAGAUCUUUAGAGGGAACCGCGAUAGCUCCAGCCGGGCAUCCAGCAGUCGUCAGAGCAGUACGGACAGUGACAUGAAAUGCUUGGAGCCGCGGCCCUGGAGCAGCACCGACUCAGACAGCUCUAACCGCACACUGCGGCCUCCCGUCACCAAGGCCAGCAGCUUCUCCGGUAUCUCCAUCCUGACUCGCGGAGACAGCCUCGGCAGCAACAAAGGCUCGCAGGGAAGCUGCAAAGGCUCUCGCUCAGCCUCCCAGUCCAGCCGCAGCCUGCUGCCUUGCCCGACGCAGCCGCCUCAGCAGCCACAGCCCCAGGCCCUGCCACAGACUGCCCUGCUGCCGACCCCGCCGCAACACCCAAUGGGCAACCACAUCAUUGCUCAGCCCGUAGCAUCUCUGCAGCCCUCUCAGGCUGUCUCUUACUCCAGCCCCUCCUGCCCCCAGGUUCUCCUGCCAGUUUCUCCUCCCCAGCAGUACACAAUGGGAGAAGAACUGGCGCCCCAGUUCAGCCAAAUUACGCUGAGCCGCCAGGGCUCCAGCGAGAACCCUGAGGCUCCCCCCUUGUACCAGGCUCCUCCAACAGUCCUCUCUCAGCACCCCCCUCCUCAGACCAGCUACAUCAUGGCGACCACCGGCCAGCCCAUGCCUCCUCCGUCGGGCUACCAGCCUGCCACAGGACACCCCCACCCUCCGCCGCCGCCCCCUCCUCCGUCUCAGCCUGUUAUGCAGGCGCCGCCCCCGCAAGGCUACAUGCAGCCGCCUCCUCCCCAGCAAAUUCAAGUUUCAUACUAUCCCCCUGGUCAGUAUCCCAGUUCAGGCCAGCAGUACCGUGUGGCUCAGCCCAUAUCCCACCAGGUGUCUUACACUGCUCAGCGCACGCAGCCCAUGACUCAGCCCGCACAACAGUCAGGUCUUCAGACCAUCAUGCCCAGCCAGCAGCCCAGUUACCAAGGCAUAAUGGGGGUGCAGCAGCAGCAAAAUCCUGCUUUGCUCAACUCCCAGAGAGCUGGCAUUGGAGGACAAAUGCAAAGUAUCAUGGUGCAGUAUCCGCAGAUGCCAUCCUAUCAGGUGCCAGUGGGUAACGAGAAUCAGCAGGUGGUGCAGCAGCAGUACCAGCAGCAAGUGAUGGUGCCGGUCAGCCAGUCCGUCCAAGGCCCCGUGCCUGUUUUCUACAGUGUUAUCACACCCACACAGCAGAACAGCACAAGCCCAUCAGUCAGCUACCUGCAGCCCCCGAGCUCUGAACAGUAUCAAAUCACACCAUCGCCAUCUCCCUGCAACCCACAACAAUUACAGCAGCAAUAUUCAGGAGUCCCGCCUCCUGGUCCCGGAGUCAUGGUGAUGCAGCUGAGUGUCCCGAAUGGUCCCCAACCUUCCCAGAAUCCUCCACUGGUCCAGUGGAACCCGUGCAAGUACUACAGCAUAGAGCAAAGACCCAGCAAGCCGGGAGAGCUCUACAAAGCCGACAACACUCCACAGGCCAGCACCCAGCUGACGAGUCCGCUGGCCUCUCCGACUCAGUCUCCAACCCCGUCUCCCUCUGGCAGCGUCAGCAGUGUCUGUCCGGGCCUGGGACCAUUACCCCUCAUUCCCCAGUUUCCACGGCCAGGAGGGACUGCACCAGGUGAUGGUCGCUACUCUCUAUUGGGACAGCCCCUCCAGUACAGCCUGUGCCCGCCUCAGCUCAUGCAUGGCCAGUCGUCAUUCAACUCCCAUCAGAGCCAAGGGGUCAUGAAACACGGUGCGCGAGGGAAGAAGCAAACGCUCAAGUCGGCAUCCACUGAUCUCGGCACCACUGAUGUUGUGGUGAGUCGCGUGCUGGAAGUAACGGACCUGCCCGAAGGGAUUUCGCGUCCAGACGCAGAAAAACUCUUCAACCAGCUGUCGCUGUGUGGUGCCAAGAUCCAGUGGCUGAAGGAGCCUCAGGGAGGCCGGGGAGGCUGCGGACCCACUGGGGCUGCGGGCUUGGCAGGCAGCUGCGGCGGCGGCGACCCGGCCCACCUGUAUACGGUGGUGGCCGUGUUCCCCAGCACCAUGGCCGCCCAGAGUGCUUCCUUCAAACUGAACAACAGCGCAGCCGGUCUCUUCAAACUGAGGGCCGCUAAAAAGAACUAUGACCUGCGCGUGUUGGAGAGAGCCAGCUCUCAGUGAGAGGAAGACAACGUGCGGACUCUCGGUGGG